UUGGUGUAUUUUACAAACUGGGGAAGUAUCUGCAGCAGGAGCCGACAGAGUCCGGGGAAAUAGCGAAAGCACUGGGGGCGACUCUGAGGGGUUCCAGGGGAGUUGUAGCCGUCAUGACCACCCUCCAAACCACGAAGGAUCCUCUCCUCCGGAGUGUAUCUCCCACCCCUAGCAAGAUUCCCGUUCGCUCUCAGAGACGUCCUCCUCUCCCCACGGCCAAACUCUGCGCCCUGGACCAGGAGAACCAAGAUCCAAGGAGAUUGGUGCAGAAGCUCAGUAUUCAGCCUCCCCUCGCUGACUCAGCAGGCCCCAGGCCGAAAGCCACACUUCAAGCAGACCAAUCAGAGAAAUCGGUGGGGAGCACUCAGCUCCGGAAUCCCUUGGAGGAGCUCAGGCCUAGCCCUGGGGGACAAAAUGUGGGGCCUAGGCUCCCUCCCCAGACAGAGGCUCCAGGGACCAUAGAGUUUGUGGCUGACCCUGCAGCCCUGGCCACCAUCCUGUCAGGUGAGGGGGUGAAGAGCUGUCGCCUUGGGCGCCAGCCCAGUUUGGCUCAGAGAGUACUGAUUCGAGAGAGCCAGGGAGGCACCGCCCGGAGGGGCCAGCAUGCCCGGGCCUCUGCAUAUUUGGCCCCCAGAACCCCCACCCACCGACUGGACCCUGCCAGGGCUUCCUGCUUCUCAAGGCUAGAGGGACCAGGACCUCGCAGCCGGACCUUUUGUCCCCAGAGGCUAGAAGCUCUGAUUCCUCCUUCAGGACCUUCUUCUCACCCUUCUGCUCGUCCUCAUUUCCAGGAGCUAAGAAAAGAGACAGGUGGCAGCAGCAGGACUUCAGUGAGCCAGGCCUCAGGAUUACUUCGGGAGAUCCCUGUCCAGCCCGACACUACAGAAAAUGUCUGUCUUCUAGCUUCCUCUCUCCCUGAAGGAGAACAUGAAGUUGUCAUUCACUCAGAUGAAGGAGGAGGGGGCCCCCUUGGUCUGGCCAAGCGGGUACUGUUAAAAGAAACCCGAGAGACAACCCACAGCAGGGAUGGCUGCGGCUCCUGCCUGAUGCCCUCCCCUGGCCGAGUAGUGCCACCUUCUGUCACCCGACCAUCACCCUUUGGACGGGCUCAGCGUGUACCCUCCCCUGGCCCCUCAGCUCCAACCUCAUAUUCAGUGUUGCGGCGUCUCGCAUUCCGCCCCAAAACUCAGUUCACACCCCUCCCAUCAGCCCCCAGAGUUCCACAGGCCCGAUGGUUGAGUGGCCUCUCCCCUCAGCCUUGCCCUGAAGAGCCUGCCCUGCCUUGGGAACAGAUUGCAGUCCGGUUAUUUGACCAGGAGAGUUGUAUAAGGUUGCCGGAGGGGUCUGGGAAGCCACCCAUGGCAACUCAUGGACCCCACCCCAAUAGAACCCCCAACCUCCAGGAGCUGAAGAUGCAGCGCAUCAGUAUCCUGCAACAGCUUUUGCGACAGGAGGUAGAGGGGCUGGCAGAGGGCAAAUGUGCCUCCCUUAGUGGGGGCUCCUCUCUGGAUAUGGUUGAACUUCAGCCCCUGCUGGCUGAAAUUUCUAGAACACUGAAUGCCCCAGAGCAUAAUCCUGGGUCUAUCCACCUUCCUGGACUGUUACAACACUCUGGGCAGCCAGAGCCCCACCUUCCAGAGGAGUGUGGGGAACUGGAGCCCUGCCCUGGAGCAGAGCCUGAGGUGGCUCAGCCCUGCCCUCCAGCAGAGCCAGGGACCAGAGAGUCCCACCAGAGGAGGGAGCCUGAGACACCAGAGCCCUCCACCCGGGAACAGCCUGAGAUGCCGGAGCCCUGCCCUCCGGGAGAGCCUGGACCCCUUCAGGCCUGCCCCCAGGGGCAGACAGGACUCCCAGAGCCCUCCCCUAGGAUAGAGCCUGGGGUAUCAGAGGCCUGCUCCCCAGAACCCAGAAGUCCAGAGUCCAGCCGACACCCCUGCUGCAGUCAGUGGGCUCCAGCGACCACCACCCUGACCUUCUCCUCUCAACACCCACUUUGCGCCAGCCCCCCUAUCCACUCACUCCAGUCUCUGAGGCCCCCACCAGGCCAGGCAGACCUCAGCAGUCUGGCGCCUCGAACCCUGGCCCUGAGGCAGCGCCUCAAAUCAUGUCUGACCGCCAUCCACUGCUUCCACGAGGCCCGCCUGGAUGAUGAGUGUGCCUUCUACACCAGCCGAGCGCCUCCCUCAGGCCUCACCCGGGUCUGCACCAACCCUGUAGCCACGCUGCUGGAAUGGCAGGACGCCCUGAGUUUUAUUCCAGUCGGUUCUCCUGCCCCACAGGACUCUCCGUCAUGAGGCAUCCGCCUCUACCCAUUCCUGUGCUGCCUUGCUCCUUCCUUUUAACCCUUAUUUAUUUUCUGCUCCAUGGAUUGGGAGCCAACACCCUUUUGUCCUUCAAUAAAGUUUCUAA